UCAGUUUGGCUGCUUAGAAUAGGAAGCAUCGACAGGCUGGAUCCAGACAGAUGAACACGUGAGCAAAAACGGCUUUUAGAAAAAAAAAUCAACAAGAAAGAAAGAAAAGAAGUUGGCGGCAGACAUGGCAUGCUCCAAGUUCGCUGGUAAAAGGAAGGUGGACAGUGAAAUCUGUCAGUUUUAAGCGGAAUGGACCGAACAAUUCGCAUUUAUUCUCCCCUAACCAGCACAAGACCAGUGUGCUUAAUAUGCCAUGAAACCAUUGCUUUGGUCAAAUUUUCCAGACGUCAUUACGAGACCAAACACAAGAAUUUUGAAGAGACUUUUCCUCAGAUGUCAGAAGUAAGAAAGACAAAAAUCAAGGGGCUGAAAUCAUCAUAUGAAGCAACAAGCAAAGUGCUGGUUACCUCUAUGACGCAACAACAAAAAGCAAAGGAGUGCUCACUCUGAGUAGCGUGGGUCUUAGGUAAGCACAAGAAGCCUUUCUCCGAUGCUGAAGUAAUAAAAGAAUGUCUCACUGAAGUAAUGGACACCAUGUUUGAAGGCAAAGAAAAAGAUUUAAUGACCGCUAAAAUAAAGCAAAUCCCACUUUCAGACUCCACAGCAAGAAAGUUGUCAGUUGCUAUUGAUGGAGCUCCAGCAAUGAUGGGGAAAGUAAAAGAUUAGUUCAGCGCCUGAAAGUUCACCAUCCUCACCUGAUAUCCUACCACUGCAUAAUUCACCAGUCAGUUUUUUGUGCAACUCUCAGAAAAGAGUACUCAGAAAUUAUGACAGAAAUGAUGAAACUUUUAAACUUCUUGAGAACAUCCUCUGCACUGCAACAUCGCUUACUGCGCUCAUUCCUAACAGAAGUCAAUGCAGCAUUUGAUGACGUGCUCCUCCACAACAUCAGAUGGUUGAGCAAAGGGAAGGUCCUGGAAUGAUUUUGGGCCAUUAGGAAUGAGCUCCAAGUGUUUCUGUCAGAGCAAAAGAGUGAAAAAGCAAAAAUGUUCAUGGAAUACCUGCAAAACCCAGAAAGGAUAGAAGCUUUUGAAUUUUUGGCUGACAUAACAUCUCAUCUCAAUGAGCUAAACCGCACUAUCAUCUGGAGUGACCCGCCCAGUAGAUCCGAGCUGUCACAGAAAAAAGUCCUGAAUCGAGCUUCAUGGAAAUCCGACACCUGUCAUAACGGCGAGUGGAAAUUGCAGGGGAGCAUUUACGAAAAUGACCACCUCCACCCUAGCAAUAUAUUUCAUUUAGACAGCAUUAACACGGAUUGUGUGGCUUUUCGCACUGUUGUGUCAGUUCCUGUGAUUGCGAUGCACGCCAUCUUGCGUGAGCAUAACGCAGCUGCUGAGAUCACGACCCUAUUUCAGACCUGUCAUCAAUGGAAUGAUGUCGUGGCGAUUAAAAAAAACAUUGGAUUUUUAACUCUUAAUCCUCCACACAUACACACACCCACAAGGCUCCACCCCCAUCCCCUAGAUCCAGCUCCGCCCCUUCCAUUCUCUCUACAGUUUAAGAACAACAGGAAUGCAGCACAAGUCUCAGAAGAAGUUCCGACCCAAAAAGACCGACAAGAAAAUGUACCGACCGCUCCGACAGCCAUCUCUCACAACGUUCUGGGGGGUGAGUAAUGCCGAUCUGCCUGAAGACUUCAUGGGUUCUCCCCUCCACGCCUCCAUGCCUCAGCUGCAUGAGCUACAUCCUGACUACUUCGCGGGUUACCUGCCCUCAUCACAGCUGCCGGCUACAGCCCCUCACAGCUCACAGCUCGUAGAUCUGCAGCUCCCGGUAUUUGAAGAAGAAGAAGAACAUGAAGAACACCUCCAGCUCCCGCUACUCGGUGCAGAAGACCUCCAGGUCCUGGAACAGGAAGCAGAGGCGGACCAGUUUCAGAGUGCUUGCAUCGAUUCGAUAGGUGAGGACAUCGUGAGAUGGCUCUGCUCAAACCCUCACUUAGCUCCGGACACUGACAAUUYGGAAGCAACACCUGAAAUCUCACUGGUGAAUGCAGAGCCUCCAGCGGAGCCCGGAGCAGAGCCCGGAGCGGCCUCUCAGGACCUGUUUGCGGAGCCCGCAGCAGCCUCUGAGCCUCAAAAGGCCUCACUUCCUCCUGCUUCACCAGCGCGGGAACCAUCAACCAGCCCCGCUUCCUGUGGCG